GUCGUGUGAGAGAAAGAGCGAGGGAGGGAGAGAGGGAGAGAGAGAGAGAGAGAAAGAGAGAUGGAAUUUGGCGUCAGACAAGAAACUAGAUUGCUUGUGGACGAGGGAUUAGCUGCCGCGUCUUGUGCUUAUUUGCCUCCGUUUGCUUCCACAUGUCUAUGUAAAAUAUGCCAUGAAGAGGAGGAAGAGAGCUCCACCAGCAUGGAAACCCCUUGUGCUUGCUCUGGGACUCUGAAGUUUGCUCACAGAGAGUGCAUCCAGAGGUGGUGUGAUCAGAAAGGAAGCAAUGUUUGUGAAAUUUGCCUUCAGGUAUUUGAACCAGGCUAUACUGUUCCUGAAAAGAAGGCCUUGGUGGAUGUAGCUGUGACCAUCAGGGAAAGCUUGGAAGCCUCCAGGAUUAAUUAUGAUCCAGAAUACCCUGGCUCCAUCACUGUAACUGAUGAUGCAGCAGGCCCAGGUUACACUGUGUGUUCCCCUGGAUCGCAUGGAUGUACCUCUUGCUGUCGAUCUGUGGCUAUCACGUUCACUAUCAUGUUGCUGAUCAGGCAUUUGAUUGCUGUCAUAAUACUUGGGGCUAAUCACCACACAUUUGGCAUCCUCACAGUGUUUCUGCUAAGAGCCAGUGGAAUUUUACUGCCAUUCUAUGUAGUAAUGUGGUCGAUAUCAGCAGUUCAACAGGCACAGAAGCAGUAUCAGCUGGAGCAACUCCAUAGGGGAGUUAAUUUAUCGGUCAAUGGAAUGGAAGAAGAUGAAGUUGAACACAACACAAUCUAAAUGCAUCCAUGAUUGUCUAUGUCCUUUCCAUCUGAACACAAUACCUCUUGCUUUGUUCCUAAAGAAGAAGAUGAGCUUGAACACAACACAAUGUAGAACCAUAAAAUGUACUUUUGUACAUAUAAGAAAUUGUUAUUUAGCUGUGAUUUUUCA